CUAAACUUAAAGGUCAGGAAAAGUGUCUAGUGUGAAAAGAUAAGAUGGUAUAAGGUUGGGUAAAGAUAGAGUCUCCUUUAUAAAAUGCUAUUUUGAUGGAAAAGUGUGUCUACAUAGAAGCAUAAAAUCAAGUUGUCUAACCAACUACUUUGCAGUAGACAAUGGAAGUUCCACAGCUUGUAUCAUGUGAAUGGUUAAAAGAGAGACUUGAUUCAGGAACUCUAGCAAACAUUGUUAUACUUGAUGUAUCCUGGGCAAGUACCAAAGACUGUAAGGACGAAUAUAACAAGCAGCAUAUACCAGGGGCACGUUAUAUUGAUGUGAUGUCGGGAGAACAUACAGACAUGUUCCCCAGGAAUCUACCAACACCGGAAACAUUCACAGAGCAAGCACAGAAAGCUGGUGUAAACACUGAUUCACAUGUUAUAGUAUACAGUAAUUCUGACAGAGCUGGCUACUUUAUCGCAGGUAGAGGAUGGUGGACUUUCAGGAUUUUAGGCCAUACAAAGGUAUCAAUACUUGAUGGUGGAUUAUUAAAAUGGUUACAGUUAGAGUACCCUACCACAGAUAAAGCUACAGACAUACAGCCAGGUAACUUUGUGGCAUCAUCAGAGAAGAGUUUAUAUAGAAGUUAUGAUGAAGUAAAAGAUAAAAACAAUACCAGAAAUUCCCGAAGCAAUAAGUUAUAUCUUUUUAUUUCAGAGAGUCAUAUUCCUGGUGCCAAAAAUCUUUUUAUGACAGAUUUAGUAGAUAAUGAAAAUGGGACACUGAAAUCCAAGAACCAGCUUAGGGAAUUAUUUAGUGCAGCUGGUGUGGACCUUACACGGCCUGUAGUUACACAUUGUAACAGUGGUAUGUCAUCUUGUGCUGUAGCAUUUACAGCAGAACUACUUGGUGCUGACAAUAUUUCUGUAUUCCAUGGAGGAUUUACAGAAUGGACGAAGAGACAACAAGCCAAACAAUGACAUUUACAUCAUGUUAAAACUUGACUUAUUGUGUAAUACAUGUAAUAUGACUGCUGCACAUUUUGUGUUGAUGUUUUUCAUCAGACUAUCAUCUUUACAUCCCAUAUAAAUUUUAUAUAUAGAUUGCUACAAAAAAUUUAUGAAUAAGUUUAUAUCGUUAUCAAUGAAAUCAGUUGUGCAUCAUCAUAAAAUCGUUUCAGUGACUGUAGACAGGCUAUGUAUAAACAGUGGUUGUGCCAUAUAACCCUCACAUUGUGGCUCACAUUAUAUAAUCUUAUUACCAUUCAAUUUUAUUGACACAUAUAACCAGUGAAGUCUAUAUUAUGGAACAGAAACCUGCGUGUGCUCAUUUGAACUAGAUAUAAUAUGACAUUUUCAAUUAAAAAAGAAAUGUUCAAAUAAAUCUAUCAAAUGAAAUGAAAUAAAAGACACUUGGCGGUGUAUUCUUGUGAUGUGAUAAUGAUACAUAUAAACAUAUCAUCAUUUUAUAAUUGUGUAUUUAUUGUUCAGAUGACUAUUACAAAAAUCAAAAUAUUUUUUGGCAUAAUAUGAUUGCCUGAACAUGUUUUCCACAAUACACACAAUUAUAAUUCAAUGAAUUAUGCAAUAUUAAUUAUCAUAUUAUAUAAAGUAUUUACCUGGCCGGUAUAUACAUGUCCAUAGUAAACUUUACUGUGAUUUAAUAUGCUAAUUUGUACCUUAAAUGUGAUUUAUCAUUUGUGUUAAAAGAUAUAUUUGAUUGUUUGAAAUGAGCAGUAUAAUUCUUGAUCCUGUCUGACAUUUUAUAAACUAUUUUUUGAUGAAAUAAAAACAUUGUGAUUGUACUUUGAAA